UUCGCCUCAGCGCAUUCCUUGACGUGGAGGCUGGCGUACCUCUCCGAGGAUUGCAUGACUUAAUAACUUUAACACACACAUUAAAAAAAAAAAAAAAUAAAUCCAACUUUGAGGUAGAUUUUUGAAGCCCACGCGCGGAUAAACUAACCAGUUUUUGGAGGUAACGUCGGGUGGUUCUUCUUGGACACAAGCGCGACUGCGCUCCCAACUUUACAUUCAAAGUGACGGUAUAAAAAUACCUGAAGAGGAAGAGAAGAGCAGGAGUGGAUUAGGAAGCAUCUUGCUAGGGCGGAACAUGGAGAAAGAAUUACUCCGCACAAUGAAGAUCUUCCAGAGUCCACUGAUGCCUUUUCUGCUCCUCCUGCUUUUUCCUGAUGGCACCUUUUCCAAAGAUUGCCCAAAAGACUGUUCCUGCAUGCCGAUAGAAUCCAUUUUAUGUUUCCAGAGACACUCCUCUAUCUUUCCCCAAGGAGUGGUCUCAUCCACGCAAAGCCUCUAUCUGUUUUCCAAUGGAAUUGAAGGCAUUAAAACCGAGGACUUUGAUGGUCUAGUGAACCUGGAAAUGCUGGACCUCAGUCAGAACAAAUUGACCCAUCUUCCUGAUAGGGUGUUUGAACCCUUGACAUCUUUAAAAAAUUUGGACUUGUCAUCCAACCAGAUCACUCACAUUUCAGAGAAAUGCUUCCACGGUGCAACACAGCUUGAACGCCUUUAUUUAUACAGUAACAGCAUAAAGACCAUCCAUCGUGAAGCCUUCAAUGGCUUAGACCAUCUGUUGGAACUCAAGCUGCAGGGUAACAUUUUGACCACCCUGCCUGCCCUCUCAAUGCCCCAGCUACUGUUGCUGGACCUUCGCUUUAAUGCCUUGUCAUCUUUAGGUCCUUCAGACCUUCAAACUCCAAACCUGGAGUCCCUCAGAUUGGGAGGUAUGGGGCUCACCAGUUUGAAUAAAGAGCUUCUACUGGGUUUGAAAAAUCUUCACGAGCUGGACGUUUCAGGAAAUCAACUAGAGUCUUUCCCCGCAGCACUAAAGGAGACCCCAGGACUGUAUCACCUUAAUUUGGCUGGGAACCCAAUGGAUCUUCCAAAGGUUGAGGAUCUGCAGAACCUUAGGGAGCUGUUGGAGUUGGACAUUAGUAGUCUCAGUCUUCAGGGCCUACCUGAAGAGUUUACCCAGCUCUUCCCCAACUUGAAAAAACUCACAGUAGCAGAAAAUCCCUUCAACUGUCUUUGUAACUUAGCAUGGUUCCCAAGAUGGCUCAGAACCCAAGGCAUCACCCUGGAGAGAACCAUAGAGACACGAUGCCAUUUCCCACCCAGCAAUGCUGGAAAAGUUUUAGAAAGACUGGAUCACAGAGAUUUUGGCUGUCCAACAACAACUACAAUCACCACCAGUACAGUCAAAACUACUACCACCACCCGGGCUGUUCCUCCCACCACUAUCCCAACUACUACUAAAACUAUUCAAGUCCCCAGAGUCAGUGACAACCCAGCUGACAAUAAUGAUGACUUUCCCCUACUUCCUGCUCCUGCAUCCACCAGUAGCAGCAGCACUGACCCAGAUGAGAAACAGCAUUUCUGUCCCGAUAAUACCUGUUUGAAUGGCGGUACUUGUCAUCUGGAUCAGCAUGGUCAUGUAGAGUGCACCUGUCCAUAUGGUACCACUGGGAUGUUUUGUGAAAUUCAAAGCAAAUUUCCUCCUUCACCACCUGAAGCUGAAUCAUCCAGAGCAACUAUCAUCACAGACACACCAGACCUCAGCUCCCAUCAAGCCACCCCAACUUCAAUUCUGAUAGACCUCCACCGGUACAUUGAAAUGCGGCCAUACAUUCGGGGUAUUCGUCUGACUUACAGCAAUCUGUCAGGGUCAGACCGCAGGCCAAAUCAACUCAACCUCCCAGCAUCCUUCCCAGAGUAUAGACUCAGAGGUCUAAACCCUAACUCCACCUAUGCUGUGUGUGUCAGUCCUUUAGGUGAUUACAGCGGCAUGGAAAGUAUCUGCAUUGAGGCUCAAACGACCCCUUUAAUCACUGCACAGACAAAUGCCCAAUCUGAAAGUCAAAAAAUUACCACUAUGCUGGUGCCUGCAACUGCUAUUAUACUACUGCUGAUACUAAUAGCAAUAGCAGUAGGUGUGGUGUGCUACUUACGCAAGAAGAGGUCCAAGGGCAACAUGGAGCUAGACUGCGAGCCCUCUCAGCUAGAGUUGGAUGGAGUUAAAGCUGGCUUAGACAAUGGGAUGAUGCCUCACAAACAGCCCCAACUUGUGAUCCCUGAACCUGCUGUCCAAAAUGGCAGUCUGGAAUAUGAGGUGUUGUUACUACAAGAUCAUUGUAUUUCCAAUAACAACAUGUCUUUGCAUAAGCCUUAUCACUUUUGACAGCUGGACUUGA